UAUUAACCAACAAAGAAGAAAUUGAAAACAAUAAAGUUAAAUAUAUUAAUUACUUGAUCAGGAGCCCGUGAUUACUACAAUGAUUAUUAUUUUGUUACUACUUAUUUUUACUUUAUUGAUAUAUAAUUUUUACAUAUAUUAUGGACGAGAUGGAAGAUUGAUCAAUCGUAUACCUGGACCGUCAAGUUAUUCAAUUGUUAAGAAAUUUUUACAAAGUUCACAACAAAAUAUUUGGAAGUUGCAUGUCAUCAUCUUUGACCAAUAUUAUCCUAUUUUUAAAAUAUGGUUUUUCUUUAGACCCGUUGUAUGUAUCCGUCACCCUGAUGACAUAGAGAUAAUAUUAAAGAAGCAUAUCGAAAAGAGUUUUAUCUACAACGUGUUACAUCCUUGGUUUAGUACAAGCCUUCUCACUAGUGGAGGCGCCAAAUGGCAAUCGCGACGGAAGAUAAUUAAUCCUACAUUCCAUUUUGUUAUAUUACAGCAGUUUGUUGAGAAUGUCUUCAAUAAGCAGAGCAAAGAUAUGGUAAACUCUUUGAAAAAUAUGGGAGACCCGAUUGUAAAGGAUUUAAUGUUGUUUGUCAGUGAAUAUACGCUAAAUACAAUUUGCGAUGCUGGCACAAGUACGUCUUUGAGAAAAUAUUUUGAUUCGUUACAGCAACAGUAUCGACAUGCAGUUGAUAAGAUGUUCGAAUUCGUGAUAUAUAGAGGGUUGAGACCAUGGUUAUAUCACGAUUGGAUCUUCGCAUUAACAUCAAAAAGUAGACAACAAAGAAGAUUUCUAAAGAUAAUAAAUGGAUUCUCUCAGAAAAUUAUUGCAGAAAGAAAACUUUAUCAUGAACAAAUCAAUGGACAGUACAUGAAAACUUGUGAUAAAGUUGCAUUGGCAGAAGAAAAUAAUUCAGAAACCAUUAUAAUUAAAAAGAAGCAACUAGCUGUGUUGGAUUUUUUAAUAGCAGCAUCACGAGAAAGUUAUUUAACCGAUUCAGAUAUUCAAGGGGAAAUUAACACUUUCAUAGCUGCCGGUUAUGAUACUACAGCGAUGACUAUUUGCUUUACUUUAUUACUACUGGCUGAGCACAAAGAUAUUCAGGACCGUGUUAGAGAAGAAGUCAAUACUGUGAUGCGUGAAAGUGAAGAGAAAUUUACUAUGCAAUCGCUACUAAAGUUGUCGUAUUUAGAAAGGUGUAUAAAAGAAGCAUUGCGUUUGUAUCCUAUUGCCUAUUUCAUAUCACGAGUUACUUCCGAAGAUGUAAAAUUACAAUCAUAUUUAGUACCAGUUGGAACGACAGUGAUUAUUAGUAUUCAUGGAGUUCAGAGAGAUCCAAAUUAUUGGCCAAAUCCGGAGAUAUUUGAUCCAGACAGAUUUUUACCCGAGAAUAUUCGAAAUCAGCAUCCAUGUGCAUAUUUGCCAUUUAGUGGUGGCCCACGUAACUGCAUUGGCCAACGAUUUGCUCUAUUGGAAAUGAAAUCUAUGAUAGCUUCUGUUAUAUAUAAUUUCCAUUUGGAACCAAUAGAGAAUUUAAAGGACAUUCAGCUUAAUGGUGAUAUGUUGAUGCGCCCCGCUAAUCCAUUGCGUUUAAAAUUUAUUCCAAUCACUAAAACACAUAUAGAUAUUUAAAAGAAAUAUGAUUCUUAGAAUCUAUAGAUAAACAUAUUACAAAGUUAAAAAAAUAUAAUUAUGUAUAUUAUGGAUUUAUAUGGUGUAUUAUAGGUUUAUAAAUUUAUGAAUUAUGUA